CUUUUCGCUCUCCGGUUGCGCGCCAAUUCCCAAUCACAGUCAUAUCUAAUAAGUCACAAAUCUUGGGAACCUCUUCUCUUGUGGUUUCUCCCCUUUCGAGUCAUUACUUACUUGCCGCCACGACAGUAACCCCCCUCUCUCUCUCGACAGGACCAUCUUUGUCAAUUGUCGCUCAUUUUCGGUUCUCUCCCCCGGAGCCCUUUCUCGUAUCUCGAUCGCGGAACCGAACUCCGUAUCAAACAUGGCCGCCGCAGUCAAAGCUAUCAAUGCGAAGAUUCGCUCCAACCCAGUCAGCGAUUACUUUUGCUCGACACGUACGUUUUGGAUUGUUACCUUUGCGCUAUUCGCUUGUGAUCAAGAAGAAGGGGGGGAGGAAAUAUAAUUUCUCCGGAACAUGGAAGAAUGAUUUGGAUCGGGCCCUGCGAAAAAUCAUAUAGACAAAGACCAAAGAGACCAAGCUGACAAUGUUUUGUGAUUUUGAUCAAAAAACAGAUUUCUGGGGUCCUGCCUCAAACUUUGGUAUCCCGAUUGCAGCUGUCCUGGACACGCAAAAGGAUCCUGAAAUCAUCUCUGGAACGUUCACCGGAGCUUUGACGGUCUACUCUGCGACCUUCAUGCGAUACGCCCUCGCCGUCACCCCCAAGAACUACCUCCUCUUCGCAUGCCACUUUGUCAAUUUCAAUGCGCAAUUAACGCAAGGGUAUCGUUGGUACGAUUACUGGUACGGAGGUGGUCAAGACCGUUGGGCCAAGAUCCGUGCAGAGCAAAAGAAACUCGCCAGCACCACCGAGUCGAUAGCCGAGUCGGCCAAGGACAAGGUCGGUGCCGCCGUCCAAGAGGCCAAGAAGAGUGUUUCGUAAGUGGCCUCGAGGGAUUGGAUGGAAUUGGAUGGGGAGAGAGUGCUGUGUGUGCUGUGUGAGAGCGUCAAAGCAACAAAUCAUACUUGGGGAUGAGCACAAAUGGAUGGAUCGCGUCAUAAAGGUUCGUUCAGUCGAAAGGGCGGUUCAAGGUUAAAUCCUUUUUUUUGAAUGAAUCAAGUACAAAAGAAUACUAUUAUGGAUUUCAACAAACAAUCAUCAA